AACAGUGUUGCAGUUUUGAGGGACUCAACCAGGAGGACAGUGCGGUUGAUACUUGGUAGAGAAAGAAUCAGUGGUGUCUUGCUUUAGUGUCUUUCUCUCUUCGAGUGGAGAGAUUUCGACCGAAGAGGAAAAAAGUGUGAAGGGAUUUGAUGUUGCCUAGAUUGGACGAGCUUGAAUGAUCGAUUGUACAGUUUUAGAACGAAAAGCUUGAGAAUCUGAGAGCAAUUUUUGCUCCAGAUUUUCGAUUUCCUCAUGUUCUUCCACUAUUAUUUAUCCUCGUCGUCGUCAUGGAUUACUCGAACCUCCAAUCUAGAGUUUCGGCCGCUUACAUUCCUCCCCACAGAACUCAGCUUCACCCUCGAAUGCAUUCCUUCUCUACUUUUGCAUCUCCAAAUCCGAAACCAUCGCAGAUCGCUUGUUCACAAUCGCGUGAUAAAUGGUGGAUUCUCGCGGCAUCUCUGUUGAUGGUUCCUUUUCUCUUCUAUAUAUUUGCGAUCGCUCGUGGAGUGCAUCAGUCUUCGAAAUUCAGUGAAUCGAGACCGAAAGGGUUUGGAGUCAUCAUCGAUGCUGGUAGUACUGGGUCGAGAGUCCACGUAUUUGAGUUUCUCAACGAAGGGAGGAUUCCGUUUAUUGGAUUCGAUGGGAAGGGUUCGCAUUCUUUCAAGGUUCGGCCUGGUCUAUCGGAAUUUGUUGCCCGUCCUGAAAGCGCUGGGACUUCGAUUUCCAGCCUUUUGGAGUUUGCCAAGGGGAGGAUCCCUAAGUCGGAGUGGAAGCUUACCAAGGUGCGGUUGAUGGCAAGGGAGAGCUUCGAAAAGAUCAGCUUCGAUGCAAGGAAGGCCAUUUUGGAGUCUUGCAGGCGAGUUUUGAGAUCUUCUGGUUUUCUAUUCAAAGAUGAGUGGGCGACUGUGGUAACAGGUCAGGAAGAAGGUCUUUAUGCAUGGGUGGCUGCAAACUAUGCCCUUGGAAGCUUGGGAGAUGACCCUCAGGAAACCACAGGAAUAAUUGAACUUGGUUCGGCUUCUGUUCAGGUUACAUUUGCUCCAGAAGAUCUACCACCCGUUGAAUUUUCUCGAAUGCUCAAAAUUGCUGGAGUUACUUACAAUCUCUAUACCCAAAGUAUGCUUCAUUUUGGUCAGGAUGGAGCGUGGGAAUCGCUUCUUGAGCUGCAUAAUUCUGAAGUUUUGACAUCAUUUUCAAGUUCUGGUGAAGGAAUUAUAACGAAUCCCUGCAUUCCCCGAGGAUAUUCGUUACCUUUGGAUUCAACUAUUGGAUUGAAUGCAAGCAAUGAGAAACCUCUGGCAUCCCACUCCGUGGGAAACUUUUCUGCAUGCAGAUCUGAAGUUUUGACAUUGUUACAGAAAGGAAAAGAUGAAUGCGUGCAUCCACCUUGUAAUAUAGUCUCGUCAUUCUUGCCCAAGUUGUGGGGAAAGCCUUUUUCUCCGGUGAACUUCUACUAUACUUCAGAGUUUUUUGGGCUUGUUCCAAAUGCUUCACUGUCAGAAUUGGAGUUGGCUGGAGUGCACUACUGUGAAGAUGAUUGGAGUAAACUGAAAGAAGGGCAUCAUGGCAUUGAUGAGGUGGAUUUGUUGAGAUAUUGUUUCUCGUCUGCAUUCAUUGUAGCGCUAUUACACGACAGUCUAAGAAUCCCUAUGGAUUAUAAGAGGUAAAACCUCAAUGCUCAU